AUGUCUGCUCCUCUUCGAUCAAUUGGCCGUGAUGGCCCUAAAGUCACUUCCAUGGGUCUCGGUCUCAUGAGCAUCGGUGGUGCUUACGGCAAAGCAGGUGAUCUCAAUGAGAGCGUCACAUUCCUAGAGCACGCCCAUGCCACCGGUCAACGAUUCUGGGACACCGCAGAUGCUUACGCUGACAGCGAAGACAUCAUUGGCGAGUACUUCAAGCGUUCCGGCAACCGCAAGGACAUUUUCCUUGCCACUAAGUUUGGCCUCUCCCAGAACGGCCCUAACCUGACUGUUCGAUCCGACCCUGAAUAUGUCCAGGCUGCAUGUGAAAAGAGCUUGCAGAGACUCGGCAUUGACACUAUUGAUCUUUACUACUGUCACCGUGUCGAUGGAAUUACCCCUAUUGAGAAGACCAUUCAGGCUAUGGUUGAACUCAAGAACCAAGGAAAGAUCCGCUAUAUGGGGUUGUCAGAGUGCUCAGCAGCAACUGUGCGUCGCGCCCACGCAAUUCACCCCAUCAGCGCAUACCAAGUGGAAUACAGCCCCUUCGCGCUUGACAUCGAGGGCGAAAGUGAGCUCUUAAGCACAUGUCGCGAGUUGGGAAUUACCGUCGUCGCCUACAGCCCCAUUGGCCGUGGCAUUUUGUCCGGACAAAUCAAGUCAAUCGACGACAUUCCUGAAAUGGACUUCCGCCGCAUGCUGCCCAAGUACUCCGCAGAGAACUUCCCCAAGAUCUUACAGCUGGUCCAGGGUCUGCAAGACAUCGCCAAGGCGCAUGGCAGCACUUCCGCUCAGGUCUCUCUUGCUUGGUUGCAGGCUCAAGGUCCUGAUAUUAUCCCGAUCCCGGGAACCAAGUCUAUCCAGCGCAUGGAUGAAAAUGCCGGUGCUGCUUUGCUGCAGUUGACUGAGAAGGAAGUGCAGGAUAUUCGCGAGUGGGUGAAGCGCACUGAGGUUCCCGGUGCCCGCUACCCCGAGGCGUUGUUGAAUAUUAAUGGACAAGAUGGAUCCAACACCCCCCUCUGUGAAAUGUCUUAG